GUCAACCAGACCAUCGACGAUCAACUCGGCGACAGCGUCACCGGGACGGUGCCAACGUACGAUCCUAUCACCAUCGAGGGCUCCAGCUGUAGCUCCUGCAGCGUCAACCGCGGGGGAAUCGACAAGAGCCAGAUCUUCAAGGGAACUUGGCACGACUCGAGCAACCGCCCUGCAGGUCAAAGCCUCACCAUCACAGCGCACUUCACUGGCACGGCGGUGUACGCGUUCCACAUCAUCCCCGUCAACAUCGUCGGAGUACCCCUCGUCACGAGCCUGGAGUUCUUCUUGGACGGAGCGCAAGUUGGGACGUACGUCAACCAGCCAUCUUCAAGCGCGCCGUCGCACUUCUUGUAUCAAGUCCCGGUGUUCAGCAAGUCGGGCCUCUCUAACACCGCGCACAAGUUCCAGAUCGUCUCGUCAACAGACAAUACCGUCACUCUCUUUGAUUACAUCGUCUAUACC